CGUACGUCUGCCGACAGCACCUCUUAUAGCGGUCUAGUAGUCUAUAAAAUGGGCUCUGACGGAUCUUACUGGUGUCACUUGGACUCAAGAAUUCCAUCCACCAUGAAAGUGUUCAUUUUUGGCGUACUCAUUUCCAUCGUUGCUGCUGGAUCCAUUCCGGCGUACGGAGACAAACGUCCGGACAUCGUGAGCCAAUCAGACGUCCGUAACGUCGACGGCAGCAGCCAGUGGAGUUUCGCUGGAUCUGACGGAACUACUCGCGAGGAAUCUCAAAUUCAAAAGCAGUUGACUUCCGGAUAUGACAAAGAGACGGCGUCUGGCAACACCAACAAGGGAUCGACUUACUACAUUUCGCCGGAAGGCCAGAAAAUCACGCUGACUUGGAUUUCCGACGAGAACGGAUUCCAGCCCAAAGGCGACCACUUGCCAACUCCUCCUCCCGUUCCGGAAGAGAUCGCUCGUAUGCUGUCCACUUUGCCCAAAUUGGCCGAGUCUUACAAAUCUGUUUAAACCCAUCAAAUCCUUCAAGUCAUUUCAAUUCUUGCAUAUUUAAAGAUGUGAAACAUAUGUUGACGUUGCGUAAUUUUGGUCAAAACAAAUAUAUAUAGAAAUCAA